AUGAGCUGCCAGGCAUUUAGCAGUACUGACUCAUUCAGCACCUUGAGUGGCGAUUCAACUGCACUGCCUUUGCUUAUGCACCAUGCUGGAGCCUCUGACUGCCUUCCUGUCACCAGCCACACCACCAACAUUGUGCCUCCAGUUCCCUCAGGUCUGCCCCUGGUCCAGUCAUCUAAGCGCCCUCACAUGCAUCUGUCCACUUCUGCCCUGAGCAACGCCUCAGCUGGCCUGCACUACUCCAUGCCCCCAUGUCACUAUAGCAACCAGCAGACCACCUACGGCAUGAUGGCAGCACAGGAAAUGCUUUCAGCCAGCAUCUCUCAGACGCGCAUCCUGCAGACCUGCAGUGUCCCACACAAUAUGGUCAAUGGAGCCAAUUCACUUCAAGGUGCCCUGGCUCCAUGCCUGUAUAAGUUCCCUGAACACAGUCUGGCUGGAGGUUCGUGCACUCUGUCCCACAGUUUCCCUGCACUGCCACAGGCCCUGUUCACAGAUGAGCCCACCCUGGGAGACAUCAAACAGGAGCUGAGGAGGAAGAGUCGAGCCCCAGAGGAACCGCCAGACAUGGACUCACCCCAGAUCCGUGAGCUUGAGAAGUUUGCCAAUGACUUCAAACUACGCAGAAUCAAACUCGGUUACACUCAGACUAAUGUUGGAGAGGCUCUAGCUGCUGUACACGGCUCUGAAUUCAGUCAGACCACCAUCUGUCGCUUUGAGAACCUACAGCUCAGUUUCAAAAAUGCUUGCAAGCUCAAGUCAAUACUUGCCAAAUGGUUGGAGGAGGCAGAGCAGGCUGGUGCAUUAUUUAAUGAUAAAAUGGGACUUCAAGAACGUAAACGGAAGCGAAGAACUACCAUCAGUCUAGGGGCAAAGGAAGCACUGGAGAGGAAUUUUGUGGAGAAGAGUAAGCCAUCCUCACAGGAGAUUGUGCGCAUGGCAGAGGGCCUCCAUUUGGAGAAGGAAGUGGUGCGUGUUUGGUUCUGCAACCGUAGACAGAGGGAGAAAAGAGUCAAGACAAGUCUACACCACAGCUCUUUCAUGAGCAAAGAUACUGUAGGUAGACAUGAUAGAUGA